AUGAACCAGUAUUCAGUUAAGGCCAUAGAGAUCACCACACACCAGUCGACAAUGGAGGAACAGAAGGCCGAGUUUUACAAACUGCUGGAUGACCACAUUGCACAGCUUGACAAGAAGAAACAAGAAACAUUUUGCAUCACCCAAGAAACAUAUGAGAAAGCUGUGGAAGCUCUGCAGUUGGAUAAGGGUGUAAAGUGUGCAGCAGGCAGCCAUUUCAAGUUCUGGUGUGCUAAGCACUUCAAGCUCCAAAAGAUAGGGUCUAGGAGGAUUCUCUACUGCAAGAAAACAUCAUGCCCAGUCAUCACCAAGGAGGAGAUAUUUGACACAGUUAAACGCUGUCACACAAGAGUUGGUCACUCACGACGUGCAAAAACAUGGGAUGAGAUCAAGGCUAACUACUCAUGGAUUAGGCAUGACUUGGUAAAACUUUUCCUCAGCACUUGCCAUGAGUGUUCUACACGCAUCCCCCUCAAGAAACCUGCAUCGGGGAAGCCCAUCAUCUCCCUUGGAUUCCUGACCCGUGUCCAGAUUGACUUAAUCGACAUGACCAGCAGACCAGAUAGUGACUUCAAGUGGAUCCUCCAUAUGCGUGACCACUUCAGCAAGUUCAGCUGGACACACCCUUUGACAUCCAAGCGGUCUGGUGAAGUUGCAGAGAAGCUUGUCCAGACCUUUUGCUUGUUUGGCUGUCCUCAGAUUAUGCAGUCAGAUAAUGGGCGUGAAUUUGUGUCUGCUGUCAUCAACGACCUCUGCAAGGACUGGCCUGGUAUGAUCAUCCUUCAUGGGCGACCUCGUCAUCCUCAAUCACAGGGCUGUGUGGAGAGGGGGAAUGGAGAUCUGCAGCUUAAACUCGGCAAGUGGAUGGAGGAAAACCCGGACAGAGGCUGGGUCCAGGGUCUUCUUCGUGUCACAUAUGCAAUCAACACUUCUACUAGCUCAACAACCAGGAAGUCACCGUAUGAAGUCGUCUUUGGCCAGCCUCCUCGAACUGACUGUGCUGUACUGGAAAUACUGGAUGAGCAGGGCAUUCAAGAUGAGGAUGAUUUAACAGAUCUUUUCAUCCAGUUGGAGAGCAGACAAGUUGAAGAUCCCAUCAACCCACUGACAAACCAGACUACAAGUGAUUCUGCAGACAUCCAGACCACAUCCCAGCCAAGUGAUUCUUGCCAGGAGUACCAGCUUCUGGAUGGUGCAAAAAUAGUUGGAACUGGAACCAAAGUGUUUGGGAGGACCACAGUACAUGGUGAAACAGUUGAUUCCCAACAUCAGGGAGUAUUCCAGAUAACAACUGUGGAGGAUCCGGACUUCAUUCCAGCUGGAGGUAACCCAUUUGAUGAACCACUUUCUGUUGGCCAGUUCAUCGUUUGGGAUAUCACUCAAGCAGUUCCACUAGAGCCUGACACACCACACAGUAAGGUACGGAAAAUUGCAACAGACAACUAUCUGAAAGCAGCCAACAGACAGCAAGAAGAAUUGACAUAG